GUGUUAACGAGUCAAGUACAUCCGUUUGUGACUAGGAGUGUCGAAAGGAUAAACUAAAUGGUAGAUUUUAGUCAGUAGACAAUGUGGUGGAAAAAUAUACAAACGAUAAAAUUGGUGGAAAUUGAAUCUAAUCGAGGGCACAGGAUUUACAAGCAUUUAUGUAUUAUAAAGUAAAAGCUGGAAACGUUGAAAUCUAAAGAGGCGAUUGAUUAUUAUCCCUAAAAAAUCAAGUUGGUUGCUACAAUAUGUUUUCGCUUAUCAGCAAAGAACGGCGCCAAAGCAGAGCUUUUAUAGCUUUUAUAAUCUAUGUUUCUCUGUAUCUAGAUAACAUGUUGCUAACAGUGAUAGUUCCAAUACUUCCAGACUAUUUAGUGCAUUUUUACUCGAACUCUAAUACAACCAUUACAAUUCCAAGAAGUGUGAUGUACAAGAACUUCGACCUUCAUUACGUUCCGAAAUUGAUGGGCGCUACGUCUAGUCACGUGACUUGGGAUAACUUGACAACAGCAGAUCGACCAAUUUCCCUUGAAUCAGAGAAUGGUUCCAUUGGUAUACUUUUAGCCGUCAAAGCUCUUGUACAGUUGCUGUUCAAUCCCAUUGUUGGAAAUGUGUCGGCCAAAUUAGGAUACAGCAUUCCCAUAUCAUUCGGAACGUUCAAUUUGCUAGUAGCUUCGAUGAUCUUCGCGUUUGGUCAAUCGUACGCUUCCUUAUUCGUGGCAAGAGCUAUUCACGGAGUGGGAUCAGCCUGUAUAUGUGUAUGUGGCAUGAGUCUAGUUGCUCAAUUAUACACAGAACCGGAAAAACGAUCAAAAGUGAUGGGUACUAUUCUGGGAAGCAUAGCUGUAGGCGUACUAGUUGGAUAUCCGUUUGGAGGAAUAUCAUACGACAUUCUCGGAAAAGCUGCACCAUUCUAUAUUCUUUCAAUUCUGUGCCUGAUGAUAUUGCUGACUCAAUUUUACAGUUUGGACUUUGUGACACAACAAAACACGUCAUCCGUACUAGCUCACGAGACACGUUCCAAGUGGUGGCCGCUCUUGACAAAUAAAUUGAUACUGAUUAUAAUCGGAGGAAUUUGGAUAUCUACUUCAGCCAUGUCUAUUUUGGAGCCAUGUUUACCGUUGUGGAUGAUAAAUGUAUUGCACCCGAAAAAAUGGCAGCUAGGAACAGUGUUCAUCCCAGACUCAGUUGGAUAUUGGAUUGGAACAAAUUUUUUCGGAGGAAUUGCAUACAAAUUUGGUCAAAUAAAAACCGCAAUUUUGGCAGCAACCUUGGUUGGCAUAUCCUGCAUAAUGAUUCCGUUUUCAACGACUGUUUCAGGUCUUCUUUUGCCGCAUUUUGGUCUUGGAUUGGGUAUCGGUGUGAUGGAUGCUGCAUUGAUUCCUCUGCUUGCUACUAUAGUGGAUGAUCAAUGCACUAGUGGUGAUAACGAAAGUGAUAUAUGUGAAUCAGCACCGAAUUAUGGAGCAGUGUACGCUAUUCAACAAAUCGCUGUUAGUCUUGCCUAUUCUUUAGCACCUAUCGUGGGAGGAGAACUAGUGCCUCUGAUUGGUUUUUCUUGGUUGAUGCGAAUCGUUGGGAUGUUGAAUCUUAUGUAUGGACCACUUUUGAUUUAUUCUGGCAUAGGAGAGCCAGUUGGUAGCAUAAUGCAUAAAACUUGCGGUAUGCCCUUAACAUCGUCUGAGCAAUCGAGCUCUGAUGGUACAUAUAAGCGUUUCUAUAAUACUGUCGAUUAAAUUAAUCAGCUCCGUAUCCGGCCCAUUCAUUUGGUGACUGUUGAAGAGUAAGCUAAUAAGUCUCUUAUCACAACAAACCAUACGUAACUUGGAACGCUCGGCUUCAAAAUCAGUAUUGGAGUAUUUUGUCGUUGUAUGGAAGCAACUCUUUGUGGAACAAAAUAAAAAAGUAUCAACAACAUCGGCAGAGACACGAUGUUUUAUUGUUUUGAUUGCUUUCAGUAGGACAUGCGCUGUAAACAGACUGCUGAUAUUGGAGAGAAAUAAAUAUAAAACAUCAAAAACAUAA